AUGUCCUUUCCACCCCCUCCAGGUUUCAAUAAGGCGCCGUCGUCUCUCCCUCCGCGACCACCACCAUCUUCCAAUGCCGCCCAAUCAACUUCCUCGGGCCAUGGCAGCAAUGCACGCCCUGCCUUCGCAGCCUUUCAACCGCGCUCCGUAGCGUCUAGCCAGCCAUAUCGCACCAACAGCCCGGCCAUCUCAAAACCACCCGUCCCAGCGCCCGGGUACGCUGCGCAAGCGAGCAACUAUUCAAAUUACUACCAACAACCACAACCGCAAUCAUACCAGAGCGGGCCCUCUUACUAUGGUGCUUCUUCAUACAGUAAUGAAAACACAUACGGUCCGGCCGUCCCACUCAUCCAGAAUCCCUUCGGAACAACGCCUGGUCAGUCAUAUGGCGGUGGCCGACAGGCCCAGGACGGCGUCGAUGCCGAGACCGAGGCCCAAAUCGCGCAGUGGCAGAGCGCCUAUGCGAACCAAGACGACCCAGCAGUGGCUGCCGCCAAAAACCAAGCCCCUCAAUCUGGUCCUGGAGCCAACAGAGGCUCUGGUACCCCAACCGUUGGCCCAGUCGGUACAGGUCCCCCCAUCCCACAAGCUGAACCCGAGAAGACAGUCUCCCGAGUCGGCGGUGGACAGAAGUGGACGGACAGCACUUUGCUAGAAUGGGAUCCCGCCCAUUUCCGCCUUUUUGUGGGUAAUUUAGCUGGUGAGGUGACCGACGACUCUUUGUUAAAGGCAUUUGCGCGGUACACUUCUGUGCAGAAAGCACGUGUGAUUCGAGAGAAGCGCACGCAAAAGAGCAAGGGUUAUGGAUUCGUCAGCUUCAGUGAUGGUGAUGACUAUUUCAAAGCUGCGCGUGAAAUGCAGGGCAAGUAUAUUGGUUCGCAUCCUGUUCUCUUGCGACGAGCUGUGACCGAGGUCAAACCGGUCUCAAAUAACAAGAACAAGAAGGGCGGGGGUGGCGCCCGUCGUGAGCAGCCCGGGGCUAAAGUCAAGCAUGAUGGAGUUAAAAAGACGGGCAAGACCAAGGGAGGAUUAAAGAUCCUUGGUUAG